GUGAGGUGAUCACAACACUGACUGCUGCGCUCUCGAAGGGUGCUCCUUUGUACACAAACGAGAUCCGGGAGCUGCCUGUUCUAUUCCACAAACGCUCAGAGGAAAACGGUGAGGCAGAAAGCGGUGGGCGGAAAGAGAAUUCAGGUUGUUGAAGAACCUAGGGAACUUUCACUCUUCACUUGAAAGGAAAUAACAUUGAAGAUUAAAGUCAAAGAAAUUCCGUUUCCAUAGAUUAGUAGAUGGCGUCAGUGAAUGACUCUCGCCUUCAGCAGCAGCCUGCCCAGAAGGAUGCGGCUGACCAGAACUUUGACUACAUGUUCAAGCUGCUGAUCAUUGGCAACAGCAGUGUGGGGAAGACCAGCUUCCUGUUCCGCUAUGCUGAUGACUCCUUCACCCCAGCCUUUGUCUCCACUGUGGGCAUAGACUUCAAGGUCAAGACCGUCUUCCGCAAUGAGAAAAGGAUAAAGCUACAGAUAUGGGACACAGCGGGACAGGAGCGCUACCGUACCAUCACCACAGCCUACUACAGAGGAGCCAUGGGCUUCCUGCUCAUGUAUGACAUCACCAACCAGGACUCCUUCAACGCUGUGCAGGACUGGGCAACUCAGAUUAAGACAUACUCUUGGGACAACGCACAGGUGAUCCUGGUGGGAAACAAGUGUGAACUGGAGGAUGACAGGCUCGUCCCCACAGAGGAUAGUCAGAGACUGGCCAAAGAUCUUGGGUACCAGUUCUUCGAGGCCAGCGCCAAGGACAACAUCAACGUGAAGCAGGUGUUUGAGCGGCUGGUAGACGUCAUCUGUGAGAAGAUGAACGAGAGCAUGGGCGGAGAUGCCAACAUGUUGUCCAAUCACAGGAGCACCAGUCUACAGGACUCUCCUCCAGAGAACCAUGGGGGCUGUGGCUGCUAAAUCCCACCUCAUUUCUCCUCACAGCCCCACACCAAACCCCGUCACUGUGCCUGAAGUAUAGAGAGUACACCUCACAAACUACACCCCCUAACACAGCCACUACAGUGAAAACCAUAAAGCAGCUAGCUGAGAUAACCAUCGGUCCCCUCCCCUCAGUCCAUCCAGUGUUAUCCCACAUAUCCCCUGUUCUAGUUUCUGUAUUCCCUGAAAAGGCUGUGUACUGUGCCCCCCCCCCCCCCCAGCCUCUACCACAUGGCAUCCCCUCUGCUCUUCUGGCACAAAAGAAAUGUAAGUACUGUAUUUAUUGUGCGAAACCUUUUUAAUGGCUUUAUUUUUAAAGCAAAGGUAGUUCAAAUCAGCUUAAAAAAGUGCCAAUCUGAAGAAGAUUUGUCAUAAUGAAAUAGUUUCCAGUAGUCAUUAUUUUAGGUCAUUGUUGUGUUCAGAGUUUAAUUAAUGAAAAUAUAAUAGUUCAAGACUCAAACAGAGCAGAAGGUGCUUUUGUUUUGGAUGCCCCCUGGCUAGGUGCUCUGCUUUGAAUGUAUUCAUUGGACUUAACUUCUCUGAAACCAAAACCGGACAGAAAACAGCACCCCAAAACCUGAUAAAAACAUUUAACAAAAAACGUUUUUUGUCAUAUCCUUGAUCAAAAUCUAAAUGUAACUUAUUAAUGAAGAUGACAUCAUCCAGACAAUCACAAAACUGAGUUAUUCUGCUGCUUUGGCCUUUUGCUUCCUCAUUCCCUGACCUCCAUGCUUUACUCUGUGACACUGAAGAUGCUAUUUUGCCAUGUCCUCAGAAUAAUUGUGCACUACUAUUCUUGAGACUUUCUUAACCACUACUGCUUAUAGGAAAGAGAAGGUGAAAAAGUAUGUUCCAAACAAUCUCAAUGUUAAAGCAAUGUUGUGCUCCAGGAUAUUUGUCUGGGAGGAAGUCGUAUAACACUAGUGACACUGACACGCGUCAUGUGAUCUGCUCUGGCAUGUCCUCACUCACCCCUCUGUGCCUCCCCUUCCUACUCAUUGUUCUUACAAUUUCCAACCUGAUUGCACAAGGCUUCAACAGUGUCCUGUAAUCUGGAUGUGCCAGUGUAAACUGCCUGCAUUACUUGCAUGAUGUUACUGUACUGUUCUUACAUCUAAGUUACUGUCUAUGAAGUAGCCUAAUUAAAGCGUGGUGAUUGGCCAAGCAUGACACCCAUGUUAAUUCAUUUUCCAAAUCAUAUGCUUAAACAGAAAGACAAAUGGUGCACCUAAAGCAUGUACAGUACAUUCCAUUGUACUGCUUGGAUGGCUUCAGUAGAAAAAAUAUGCAUCUCUCUAACUGGACUGGAGAGACAUGCAUCUCCCUGUUCUCCGGCCCUCUGUUACUCACAGACACUGCCAUUUCCCUAUCACUAGCCCCACACUGUUCACUGGUCCUGUUACUCACAGACACUGCCAUUUCCCUAUCACUAGCCCUACACUGUUCACUGGUCCUCUGUUACUCACAGACACUGCCAUUUCCCUAUCACUAGCCCCACACUGUUCACUGGUCCUCUGUUACUCACAGACACUGCCAUUUCCCUAUCACUAGCCCCACACUGUUCACUGGUCCUCUGUUACUCACAGACACUGCCAUUUCCCUAUCACUAGCCCCACACUGUUCACUGGUCCUCUGUUACUCACAGACACUGCCAUUUUCCUAUCACUAGCCCCACACUGUUCACUGGUCCUCUGUUACUCACAGACACUGCCAUUUCCCUAUCACUAGCCCCACACUGUUCACUGGUCCUCUGUUACUCACAGACACUGCCAUUUCCCUAUCACUAGCCCCACACUGUUCACUGGUCCUCUGUUACUCACAGACACUGCCAUUUCCCUAUCACUAGCCCCACACUGUUCACUGGUCCUCUGUUACUCACAGACACUGACAUUUCCCCAUCACUAGCCCCACACUGUUCACUGGUCCUCUGUUACUCACAGACACUGCCAUUUCCCUAUCACUAGCCCCACACUGUUCACUGGUCCUCUGUUACUCACAGACACUGACAUUUCCCUAUCACUAGCCCCACACUGUUCACUGGUCCUCUGUUACUCACAGACACUGACAUUUCCCUAUCACUAGCCCCACACUGUUCACUGGUCCUCUGUUACUCACAGUGACUGCCAUUUCCCUAUCACUAGCCCCACACUGUUCACUGGCCAUCAGUUAGGGACAGGCACGGUCUCGGCGGGAUAGCAGCCUUAUGUUUUUACGCCAAAGCACUGCUAAAGCUGAGGGGUUGGGUCAAAGCCCGCCAAAAGUAUUCAUGAGCGCCUACUCUCUCCAAUUGCUUAUCACACCUAUCCACCUGGAAGCACAGCUGAUACUGACUCGUUGUUUGAUAUUAGCUGGCUGAUUUGUAUCAAGUGAUCUCCUCUGUUCAUCUCCUACCACAAGCAAGUGGUCUCCCCUGUUCAUCUCCUACCACGAGCAAGUGGUCUCGUUGUGGUGUGAAAUAUUUGACUGGAGACUUAACUGUUAACCUUUUUAUAGCUGUGUAAAAACACUAUACCCACAUUACAUCUGCAUUAUGCCCAAGUUGUAAAGCUUUCUGGGUGAUGUUUGUCAGUGUAUUUAAAUAGUUUUUCUUUCUGCUGCUGAAGGUAACUGGAUUGAAAGUGGUGAGGUUUUACUGAAAGUACUGAGGAGGACUUCUCUAAAUCACAUGCUGAUGCACUGAUACCCAGUUUAUCUAAAUACUUCAAUGUCAGUUGAUUAAAAGGACCCAUAACAUAUCUUUUGAUAAUUAUGUUCAUCUGAAGUUGUAAGUUAAUCAUUUUAUCCUUUUAAUUUCUUUCUGUGGAAUUGGUUAGUUUUUGUGUAGUAUGGCAUUCCAUAGGUUAUAUAGGAGGUUUGUUAUACUAUUAAGGGGGAACUAUACUGUUGUGUCAAUGUAUAUUUGUUUUGUUCCAAUUUUUAAGGCUCUCUGUCUGAUGGAAAAUCUUAUUAGAAAAGGCAUAUACAUUGCAUGUGUUUAUGAAAAUAAAGACUUCAUUACAAAAUAUAAAA